AUGACAGUGUAUGAAGUAGUUUGUAGGCCAGAGCACACCUGCUCCAGCUUCAUAGGCCUCUCCGACUCAUCCAUGACCUUUAAGGGCCUUACCACCAUGGACAAGAUGGUGACUGGGGGCCCCCUGGAAGGGCCCUAUCGUCUCAAGCAGCUCCACUUCCACUGGGGCAAGAAGCACGACGUGGGCUCAGAGCACACGGUGGACGGCAAGUCCUUCCCCAGUGAGCUACAUCUGGUUCACUGGAAUGCCAAGAAGUACAGCACUUUUGGGGAGGCGGCUGCAGCCCCUGAUGGCCUGGCUGUGGUUGGUGUCUUCCUAGAGACAGGAGAUGAGCACCCCAGCAUGAACCGCCUGACAGAUGCACUCUAUAUGGUUCGGUUUAAGGAUACCAAGGCCCAGUUCAACUAUUUCAACCCCAAGUGCCUCCUGCCCACCAGCCUGCACUACUGGACCUAUCCCGGCUCCCUGACCACACCACCGCUCAGUGAGAGUGUUACUUGGAUUGUGCUCCGGGAGCCCAUCAGAAUCUCUGAGAAGCAGGUGAGUCCUCCCAGAGUUCCAGGAAUAGGAGCAUUCAGAUUUCUACCAUGGCAGGGUAACCCCCCAACUAGCCCCUUCCCAUUUGAUUCCCAUCAUUGA